AUGUCUAACGUUAUUCUCCACAACGUUAUGAACACCCAAGCGUCGCUGAACACCAAAUAUCAUUGUUUGUAUGGCUACUAUUUCCUUGGAAUCUCUCGAGCGGAUUUGGCCAUUCUUUUCAAGAAAUCGAAGUCUACCAUAAGCAGUUGGAUUACUAGCUAUGAGCAGAACGGUUUGCUAUCUCGGAAGCAGCGGGAACAGGUCUUCCGGAUCAAAGCUGAGCACAGGCGUUGGAUUGUCGAGACAUACAAAGCAAAACCGGUUCUGUUCUUGGGCGAAUGUCGGGACCUUUUCUUCAGGCAAUUUGGGAAGCAGAUAAGCGAAAGUAGCAUCUGCCGGAUCCUGCACGCUGAGGGCCUAAGCUGGAAGGCGAUCGAACGAAGAGCGCUGCAGAUUCGAGAAGACGAGAUUUUUCGAUAUUACGCGGAACUGAAGGCCAUAGAAUGGGACCUUUACCAUCUCGUUUUCCUCGACGAGGUGGCUGUCGACAGUCGCGAUAUCUUGAGGACACGUGGAUAUGGCGUACGGGGGGAGCGGCUCAUAUUUCACGGUGAAUUCGUGCGUCGUCCCAGAGCAUCAUUUCUCUGUUUCUUGGGGCUCGACGGAAUGCUAGACAGUUUUGAAACCGAGGGUACAUUCACACGAAAAAUCUUCUUCGAAGCCUGUCGAUCGUUCGCGCUGAAACAUCCGCAAGUGCAAAGGUACCCCGGUUUCAACUCUGUCUGGAUCAUGGACGGCGCGCGGAUUCACUGCGAUGCCAACAUCAUCAAGUACCUCCGAUCUAUAGGCAUUCUCCCGGUAUUCCUCCCCCCGUACUGCCCUUUUUUUAAUCCCAUCGAGAUCGUUUUUGGGCUAGCAAAGAAACGCAUGACGAAGAACUACCAAGAAAAUGCAAACGUCAACCUCUCGUACUUUGCCACAGAAAUUUUCUCAAGCUUUGCUAACUUUAACUGUAAGAAGCUUUUCAAGCACUGUGGAUAUUUGCCAGGAGGAGUAUUUGACCCUUCAGUUGGACUUUCGGAAAAAAACAAAAAUAACUUUGGAGUCGGAUCAAUUGAAUAA